GUAAAGCGGGCUGAGUGCGCAUGCGCGCUGAUGGAGGUUCAGGGCUAAUCAGUCUGUGUUGACUCGGAGCGUCUCCGCCGACACUGCGGCCCAAACUCCGCGGAUUACUCGGGAUUAUCGGACCAGUCGGGCAGGAUGGCGUCCGAUACGCAGAGUUCCGGCUCCAAGGGGAUCAUGACGUUCCGCCCUACUAUGGAGGAGUUCAAGAACUUCAGCAGAUACAUGGCCUAUAUAGAGUCUCAGGGUGCUCACAGAGCUGGGCUGGCUAAGAUCAUCCCUCCGAAAGAGUGGAAGCCCAGGCGUUCGUACGAUGACAUCGAUGACCUGUUGAUCCCGGCGCCCAUUCAGCAGGUUGUGACCGGCCAGUCAGGUCUGUUCACCCAGUACAACAUCCAGAAAAAGGCCAUGACCGUGAAGGAGUUCCGCAAAACGGCGAACAGUGAUAAGUUCUGCAGCCCUCGGUACGAUGACUUUGAAGAGCUGGAAAGGAAAUACUGGAAAAAUGUGACCUUCAAUCCUCCCAUCUAUGGAGCAGAUGUGAACGGCACACUUUAUGAUCCUGAUGUCGACGAAUGGAACGUCGGCCGCUUGCACACCAUCCUGGACACGGUGGAGCACGACAGCGGCAUCACUAUAGAGGGAGUGAACACGCCCUACCUUUAUUUCGGCAUGUGGAAGACCACGUUCGCCUGGCACACAGAGGACAUGGACCUCUACAGCAUUAAUUACCUUCACUUUGGAGAACCGAAGUCCUGGUAUUGCGUGCCUCCAGAGCAUGGGAAGAGGUUGGAGCGUCUUGCCAAAGGAUUCUUUCCUGGAAGUUCUCAGAACUGUGAAGCUUUUCUGAGGCACAAGAUGACUCUCAUAUCUCCGUCCAUCCUGAAGAAGUACGGCAUCCCGUUUGAAAAGAUCACCCAGGAGGCCGGAGAGUUUAUGAUUACGUUUCCGUACGGCUACCAUGCUGGCUUUAAUCACGGCUUUAACUGUGCUGAAUCUACCAACUUCGCCACUCAGCGAUGGAUAGACUACGGAAAGCAAGCCAUUCUGUGUUCGUGUCGGAAAGACAUGGUGAAGAUCUCCAUGGACGUGUUUGUGAGGAAGUACCAGCCUGAGCGCUACGAGCUGUGGCUGGCGGGAAAGGACAAUGUGCCCAUUGACCACUCCAAGCCCACUCCCGAGGCGGCCGAGUUUAUGGGUGGAAAGGGAGGAGACUUCGGCCGGCAGGAGCCGAGCACGGGGGUCCACAGCAGCGAAGGACAGAAGAAAAGUGUGGCCAAACAGAGGAUCGGUACGAAGAGGCAUCGCGUGUGCUUAGAAGUUCCAGAGGACGUCCUUCCUCCAGAUGAAGAGGCCAGCUACGGCAAGAAGGGUCGACUGUCACCCAGAGAAGAGUGCUGCAGAGAAGACUCAGACUCCACUGAGCAGCCAUCUGUGAAGAUGCCAGACAGCAGCCGGUGCCUCGCGCUCGGAGAGCGUGCCCAGAGCGCAAGCUGCGUUAAAGACGACGACACCUCUGUAACCUCAACCCUCUCCUCAGUCUGUCUGCAGCCUCUCAGGAAAAACCACCUCUCCAUAGCGACGGUGCCGGCAGCCCCACACUGCCUGUCCGCCCUGCCCUGGACCUCCUCCAAACCAGGUGUGGCCAGUUUACUCUUCCAUAGGACUUUAAGUCCAUCAGAUGCUUUGCAGGUCCACAGUUACGCAGCGAGGACGACCAUCUGUAAGCCUCAAGCUCCGAUCACAGAGGACAGUUUGAAGUUUGACCUGGAGCCGGACGCCAAACCAGACCUGAAGCCCAUUGUAGAGACACCAGCAUCGGACACGGAAGAGGAAAGCGAAGCAAAGAAAGAGAACAAGGGCAUGAAGAGGAAGCUGCAGCCCAUCAGCAAGGUCCCCCCUUUGUCUCCGCUGCUCAAAGACAGUUCCAGUGAUGAAGAGCUGCAGGAGCAUCCUGAACUGACUGAGCUGACUGAAGUGGAGGUGGACUCUCAGGAGACGGAGCCCUGGGCCCGAAUGCUGGCCCCUCUUUGGCAAGACGGAUCGCGUAGCUUCAAGGUUGAGAGGGAUUACAAUCGCCGCAUGGGUCUUCGGCCCCCGUACUGUGCAGUCUGCAGCCUCUUCCAUGCGUAUGAACAGAAUGAGCUGAACAGUUUGACCCAGGGCAGCCCUACCAGUGAGGAAAAACUCAAGACAAAGCCGUUAAUACCAGAGAUGUGCUUCACCGGCAGCUCAGAAGGACAGCUGUCCACUCCUCACCUGGAGCCGGAUGGCACCAGUCAGCUGGUCAGCUGCUCCAUGUGCAGCGUGCGCGUCCACACCAGUUGCUAUGGGGUGCCUCGAGAUACGGAUUUAGAAGGUUGGAGGUGUGCCCGCUGUGAGGCUAAUGCUUUUACUCAGGACUGCUGUUUAUGUUCUUUAAGAGGAGGAGCCCUGCAGAGAACCAGCAACGAUAAGUGGGUGCAUGUGUUGUGUGCAGUUGCAGUGCUGGAGGCGAGGUUUGUGAACAUUGCUGACCGCAGGCCUGUGGAUCUCAGCGGGAUUCCUUUGCAGAGGUUCAAACUGAAAUGUCAGUACUGCAGAAAAGGAGUGAAGAAAGCCACAGGGUGCUGCGUGCAGUGCUCCUACGGCCGCUGCUCUUCGUCCUUCCACGCCACGUGUGCUCAGGCCGCUGGAGUGCACAUGCACCCGGACGACUGGCCAUUCGUCAUCUUCUUCACCUGCUGGAAGCAUAAAGGCGGCACACAUGUGGAGCGUAAUAUGGCCUCUCUUCGGGAGCUGGAGGAGGGACAGAAAGUCAUCUGUAAACACAAAAACGGCCGAUACUACCAGUGCGAUGUGGUGGAGCUCAUCAAAGCCACAUUCUACGAGGUCAUCUUCGACGACGGCUCCUUCAGCGACAAUCUCUUCCCGGAAGACAUAGUGAACAGAGACUGCGUAAAGCUGGGUCCUCCAGCAGAGGGCGACAUGGUGCAGGUGCGCUGGACAGACGGCCUGAUCUACGGCGGGAAGUUUGUCGCUGCUCACAUCAUUCCCAUGUACCAGGUUUCUGUGAAAACUCGUCCCACUUCUGCUGCAGCUGCGUGCUUGUUUGAGCCGCCUUCUCCUGAAGGCUUAUGGGGCCUGUUGGAAUUUACUCAGCUGAAGCACAUGACCACACAGCACCAUCACUCCCACAGCCGCGGCGGCAGAGCAGCGGACGCAGAAGGGUGUAAAACAGGCGGCCGACAGUGUUGGUGAGUGACGGCCGCUCAUGUGAUGUAUUAUAACCCUCCGAGUGCUCAGUCGGAGCAAUGAUGGAAGCUUUGAGACAGAGAGCUUCACUCACUCACAGAUCACAUGAAAUACAUUACUACAUUAAAUUAUUAGACUUAAUUACAAAAUUAAAUUAACUCCUUCAUCUCGAAGGGCUUGUUAGUGGCUCCGCACUCCGGUUCCUCAUUCUCAUCACUACAAAACUUGCACAGCCGUUUCACAGGAGAUUCAUUCAUAUUAGAUACAGAAUGCAUAGUUAUUAGUAGAUCCUAAAUAUUCAUAGUGGAUGCUGAAUAAUUCAUAGUAGAUACUGAACAAUCCAUAGCGCUUACUGAAUAGUGAACCCCAAAAUGAAUAUAUGAACUAAUAUUAAUAUUACAAACCUGUUAUAAGUCUUAACGAGAGUGUGGGAGUGAGGUGUGGACCCAGAUAUGGCUCAUUAGUGUUCACAUGGAUCCUGAAAGUUCGGAAUUAUAUGUAAUAAUACAGUGUAGCACUGUAAUAAAUAACAGGGGAUAUUUGUACCACAUAAAGAUUUUGCAUUUAACCACAACAAGACACUCAUUUUGCAAUUCAGUGAUUAUUUAUUUUAAAAAAUUACAUUCAUGUGUUAAACUCUAAGGGUCUGUAGGGGGAUGCACGCUCCUUAACAUGAUUACAGACCUCAUGCAUUCAUUUAACCCUUUAAACUGCAGUUUGAGUGAUCAGAUAUUAAAGUACUAUAUAAUACCCAGUCUCUACUAUGAAUCGUUCAGUAUCUAUUAUGAAACUAACUGUUCAUUUUUCUAUACCGGUGAGACUGAGAAAGAAUGGACCAACAUACAGACUCUUGGAGUUUAGGGUGGUCCGCAGUUAUAGAAUCAUUUAUAGUCGUUUUGGAUAGUAAGCUUAGGAUUAAUACACGAUUAAUAAUCUUAGGUUUAAAGGGGUUAAACUGUUGGAAGCACCACACGAUUUGUGGCCUUUUGUCUGUAUUUCUAGACUCUCCAAAUUUGGGAAUGGUACAUGCCGUUGGAAAUGGCUGGCAUUAAUCUGCGGUGGUGUGUUUUUCAUAGGCUGCCAGUGAUGUAAUAGAUCACGCACUGGACGGCUAGGAAUUUGCUUCACUCCACAAAAUGUGCCUCAGAACAUGUUUAUCAGGGGCAAAGCGCAGAGUCACUGAGCACUUUAUUAGGAACACCUCCUUGCUUCUACGCUCAUGGUCCAUUUCAUCAGCACCACUUACUGACAGCUAUUGAUCGUGUUGGCUUAAAGGCAAAGCCCUUUGUGAGAAAUCUCGGUGUGACUUUUGACUCCCACCUCAGUUUCUCCUCACACAUCAAGGAGCUUCUUCAAUCCUGCUUUUUUCAACUUAGAAAUAUUAGUAAAGUUAGGAGUUUCGGCCCUUUUCUGACAUUGAAAGAAUCAUUCAUGCUUUUGUCUCCACCCGUUUGGACCACUGCAUUGCCUCAUUUACUCGUCUGAGUCAGAGGGAGGUGGCUCAUCUACAGCUUGUUCAAAAUGCAGCUGCUCGUCUUCUCACUAGGACAAAGCGCAGGGAACAUAUAGCAGUACUGGCUUCUCUACACUGGAUGCUGUAGAAUUGAUUUUAAAUUUUAAUGCUCACUUAUCAGGCUGUUCAUAACGAGGCUCCAGCCUCCGUCACUGAGCUCUCACGUGCUCUUCAUAGCGCGAGAACUUUAAGGUCUUCUAAUCAGGGGUUACUAACUGUUCCUCGUACUAACGUAAAAUCAAAGGGGGGCCGGGUUUUUGCAGUUUAUGCUCCAAAAUCGUGGAAUAAUCUUCCUACUGAUGUCAGACUCUCUGAAUCAAUCGAGGUUUUUAAAAAACGUUUAAAGACUUAUUUUUAUUCUCUCGCUUUUAACAGCUUUUGAUCAAUGUGCUUUAUAAGCCGUGUGCAUUUGAGUAUUUAAUUGUGUGUAUUACUUAUUUGAGUAUAUG